AUGUCUCGCUCGACGAAGUAUUUCACCUCCAUUCUCCUGCGAGUGUGCGAUGUCAUCUUCAAGUUUGGCGUCUUUUGCGUUCUCCUUGGUGCCGGCCUCACAGGCUGGGGCUGUUCGUGUCCCUGUUCUGGAUCUGCUCUUUAUGGAACGGCCGUUGGGCCUUGUGCCGCAUCUCCCCUUCCCCCGAACGGCACCUGCUAUGCGCGCGUGGCGUAUGUGCCUUUGAGCUGCUGUUUGCUUGGCCUUGCGCUGGUGGUCUACUUCCAGUGCUGGAGCCGGGCAGCAGCAAGCCAAGCAUCUGACGACGCCUCCAUGCUGCGAGAUCCCGCCGAUCUGCCUUCAGCACUCGACUCGUUGGGGACUGUCGCCACACUUGCUGCAGGCUUCGUGAUGUACAACAUCACAACCUUUGACACAGAUGUCAUCCGCGGGCCCCUGUUCCACCAGCACGGAAACUUGUUCGGCUUGAACCGGUGGGGCUAUGCUUUUUUGUGGGCGAAUUGGCUGGCGUUUAGCCUAGGCGUUGCCGUGACCAUGUGCGUCCAGAUCAUCAAUGGCAACUUCGCAUGGAUCACGGACGAAGACCGUCGUCGACGAUACUUGACUGCGGUGGAGUCCCGCUUGCGCCCGGUGGAGAUACUCACACUUUCGAGCCUGGUCUGCUUCGUUCUUGCCUUUGGUCUCCUUGGCAUGGCGAAGAUGAGUCCAGACCGUCCCGAGGGCUUCGUGGCCAGCCUUGCAUUGCUGUCUGUGCUCGCAGUGCAGGCACAAAAGAUGUCGAAGUAUCGAAAACAUGCAGAGCGAGGAGAGCGGGGCAUCAUCUUGGACCAAUCCUUGUCCGUGGCCGUUCUCCAGAAGCAGCUGAAUGCGAUCACAUCUCCGUCCAUGAUGUUUGGGGGCUUCGCCUACAAUGGCAUCAGCUUCCUCUUCCGGUCGGGCGCGGAGUUGGCGCCGACAUAUGUCGUGGGCCCUCUGACCGGAAUGGAUGUUCAGCAGCCGAGGAUUCUAUAUGAUGGACAAGAUUUGGAGGACUCCACAACUCUCGAGUCUCCACGGGAUCUGCAGCUGCUCUUGCUGAGCUUCUCGGGCGUCUCUGACCUCACAGCUGCUGCUGCGGAAGGCGGGCAUGUGCAGAUCCUCUGCUUGCUGCUGGAGGCACAUGCCAUUGCCAACAGUGCUGUUGCUGGAAGCAGGUGUGAGGAACAGUGUGCAAAUUGGAUCGCAGCAAGGAACAACCACGUGGGCGUCGUGCGAUGCCUUCUUUCUGUCAGAGCCGACAAAGAUUUGCCAAACCGCGAUGGCGGCUCGCCUUUGUUAGCGGCCGCGGCUCUCGGCCACGUGGAGACUUCUCAAGCACUGCUGGAGGCAUGUGCGGACAAGAACGCGCCUGAUCAGGAUGGGGACGUCCCACUAAGCAUUGCAUCUGGCUAUGGCCAUGUAGAGAUCGUGCGUUUGCUUUUAGCGUCCCGUGCGGAGAUGACGGUGCGUAACACUAGCGGUGACACCCCCCUUGGGGUCGCAAGCAUGCGUGGGAAGCCGGAGACUGCUCGUGCUUUGUUACAGGCUGGCUGUUGCAAGGAUGAGCGCGACAGUGAGGGUGCGACACCACUUUGGUUAGCAUCAAAGUAUGGCCACACGGACACUGUACAUGUGCUGCUGGAAGCAGGAGUUGACAGAAAUGCUUGCAACGAUGAUGGACAGUCGCCCCUCUGGACAGCGUGUACACAUGGUCAUAAGAAAAUUGUGAAGCUGCUGCUGGGGUCCGCAGCGGACCCGAACUUAGAAUGCAACUCUGGAAACACCCCUUUGGGCAUGGCUUCCCGGAAUUGUCACAUGGAAACCGUGCGUGUGUUGCUGGACGCCGAUGUAGACAUAGUACGACAGAACAAGUGGGGCAAAACAGCCCUCAACCUGGCAGAAAAUGCCGGCCACAAGGAAAUUGCACGCCUCCUUGUGGAAGGGACUGGCUUUCCGGAGCCAAAGGCGAA